AUGGACAUAAUUAAAAAAUCUUGGAUUCCUAUAACUUUCACACUAACACCAAUGAUCGGUGGUUUCAUUGGAGGGAUUUUUGUCCGAAAAAACAUUAAAGUAUGGUACGAGGUAAUAAUUAGCAUCUUGUUAAUUUUAAUCAGUAAAUACAAAAGUUAAAAAUAGGUAAAUCAUAUAUAAAAAUAUAAAAUAUUUUCACAUAUUUGUUAUAGACAUUGAAUCGGCCUUCCUGGAGGCCUCCAAAUUACAUGUUUGCUCCAGUUUGGACAAUUUUAUAUUUAGGAAUGGGAUAUGCUUCUUUCAUGGUAUACCAAAGUGGCGGUGGAUUUUUUGGUAAAAUUGAUUAUAAAAUAAACGUUUUGAAUUUUCUGAUUAUAAUUAUUAAUUUCUUUAACUAUAGGUGCAGCAAAACUCCCUUUGACAUUAUAUGCAUCACAACUGGUUUUAAAUUGGGCAUGGUCACCUUUAUUCUUUGAGUUUCACCAAUUAAAAUGGGUAUGUCAAUUGAAUACUAAAUAAUUGAAUACGAUUCUGAGCGAAGCUUGGAAUAUGUAGAUGUCCCACAAAGACAUACCUAUUAUAAUAUCUCCUUAGAUAAUAAAGAUAAACAAAUUAUUUGUAUGUUUUGGUAAAAAAAAACUAUUUAUUUUCAAAAAUUUGAAAAUAACAAUUUUAUAGUUUAUUUUUUUGAAAACUGAUGUUUCAACUUUUUAUUUUAUUUAAAUUUAUCAUUUUUAAUCAUUUUUGAGAAAAAAAUGUAUAGUCAAUAGCCAUAAUAAUAAUGAUCAAUUAGCAAUUACGAUUAUCCUAUUUCAUAAUUAUGUUUACUUUUCUCUAAAUUAUAAAAAAUGAAAAAAAAAUCAGAAUUUAAUAAAAAUAAAAAGUUGAAACAUCAAAGUUUUCAGUAAAAAAACUCAAUAAAAUGGCUAGCUAUUAAACAUUUUUUUUGAGAAUAAUAAUAUAAAAAGUUAUUAUUUUUUUUGUUUGUUUACUAAAAGUAAAAAAAUUUCAUUCAAAUAUAAAUAUAGACCUUGUCCCUGCAAGUAAUAAAAAAAAAAAAAAAAAAUAACAUUUUUUUUAUUAUUUCCAGAGUUAUUAAAUUUUUAUGGGACACAUGUAUUGGUUUUUUUUAUUUUUACUGUCUAUAAACAACUUUUCUAUCAAAAGUUUUGCUCAAUUUUCAAAUAAUCAUAGAGACUAACAAUUUUAAAAGAAUACUUGCAUUAGCUUUUUUUCAAUUUCCAUAGUAAAAUUUUCAAAAUAUUUUGUUUUUUUUUUUAAACUAUAGCGAUUAGAAAUGUUGUUCCCAAAUUUGAUCUUAUUCAUCAUAAGUUGUUACUAUGACAAUAUAAAGAAUAUAAGAUAUUGUGGAUCUGUAGUUUUUUUCAUAAGUGUUUAAAAUUUUAAAUUUUUAUUAAAUUCUUAAAGUCAACAUGCAUGUGUAACCAAACUACUCGGAAUCGUAAUUUUUUUCUAGCAAUUUAUUAUUGUAUUCAGGUAUAAAUUAAAUUAUUCUAUAUAUCCUCUGAAAUAAUUUGAAUAAAUGUUUUUUUUUUUUCAGAGUUUUAUUGAGAUUUGUGGUUUGUGGAUAAAUGUUGCUGGUUGCAUCGUAACAUUUUAUAAAAUUAAUAAAAUAGCUAGUUUUAUUAUGAUUCCAUACUUAGGAUGGUUAUCAUUGGCAACCGCAUUGACUUAUAAUAUAUAUACAAAUAACCGUGGAAAAAUUUCAGAUUAA